CAAACGGGGAUUUAUUUUCCCACUGACAAUCAGUGAAAAUCAACAUUACAGUUACAAUCAUUAUAAGUUGUCCAACGAGUUUUUAUUUGAUUGCUUAAUUUAAUUUCUCCUCGUAGUAAACUAAUUGUGUGAAAGAAACUCAAAUCAUUAUCCUCGUUUGUUUACCUACGGCAACUUAAAGAGGAAAACAAAACAAAAAGGUUGAUCAAUAAUCCCAAGUGUCGAUCCUGUUGGUACAAACUAAUAUUAUGUUAACAAAUUGUUUCUAAUUGUGUAUAAAUUGUUACUCUAAAUCUAAUAGAUAGAAAAUUAUACUAAACCUAAUGAAUACUUUUUGGAUAAUCAACUUGUUGAAUUUAUUUUUCUUGUCAACAUAUGUAAUUUAUACCUUGUUUUCAUCAUCAUCAUCAUCAAGUGAACAUGUUAAUCUAAAUGAUGUCGACUAUGGUGAUAGUCCAGAGAUAAUUGAAUCUCGUGGAUUUAAUUGUGAAACUCAUAAAAUUGUUACAAGUGAUGGUUAUAUUCUUACCAUGUUUAGGAUUGUUAAUCCAUUGAUAUUUUCUAAUCUUAAUGAUACUGAUAAGUUAACCUCAGGUAAACCAGUUCUCCUUCAAAGUGGUUUGUUUGGUUCUUCAGAUGAUUUUAUAAUUAAUUCACCUGAUGGUUACAUUGAUCAAUCUUUUCUUAAAUUUCGCCAAUCGUAUCAGUCUGUUGACUACAAGAAAAGUGGCCGAAAUUUGGGCUUUCUACUUGCUAACCUUGGGUACGAUGUUUGGUUAACUAAUUUCCGUGGAAAUUACUAUUCACGUAAUCAUACAACUUUCGAUCCUAAUUCAUCAGAAUUUUGGUCAACCGGUUAUGAUGAGAUGGCAACAAUUGACUUACCAAUGACGAUUGAUUACAUUCUAGCAAAGACUAAAAAAGAAAAUGUUGGUUAUGUUGGAAUGUCUCGAGGAUCGGCUAUUAUGUUUGCACUUUUAUCAGAGAAAACUGAAUAUUCUAAGAAAGUUAAGCCUUUUAUCGCCAUGGCUCCAGCCGUUUAUGUUAAAAGAAAAAGUCGAAGUUAUUUGAGAACAUUUUUCGAACUGAGUUACCUUUCAUCAUAUUUACUUUCCAAUCCAAGUGAAUGUUUCGGCCGUGGUUUUGCAAAAUCUAUACUCACAAUUUGCUCUUAUCCAAUGGUCGACGUUCUCUGUUUAAUGGCACGACAACCAUUUAGACUAAUGUCAAGUAAUCAAGUUAAUUCAUCUCGAGUAGCGAUCUACUUUACUCAUUACCCUGCAGGAUCACCUUGUUGGGAUAUAAUUCAUUUCAAUCAGGUUGGAUCAUCCAAUCAAUUUCGUAAACUUGAUUUUGGUCCAACAAAAAAUGCCGUCAAAUACGGUCAACCCGAACCUCCGAUCUACCAAUUAGAGAAAAUUAAUUCUCAUCAUAUUUUCAUAAUCAGUUCAACUGGAGAUACGGUUAUUCAUCAUGAUAAUGUCGUUAGAUUAGUUGAACAUCUUAAAGUUAAACCCAAGGAAUGGAUUCUAGUAAAUGGAACAGAUUUCAAUCAUAGUCAUUUCAUUCACUCAAUAGAUGCUGGAGUAAAGAUUUACAAGGAAAUCGCUCGAAUCUUAUCCGAGUACUAAAAAGAUCAUAAUAUUCGUACAAAGUUAUCGAUAUUUGUAUUAUUAUCGUUUAAAUGGACGAUUUGGAAUCUAAUCAAUCCAUAAUAUACUUUUAUAUAUUCAUCAUUUAUAUGUAACUAUUUGUAAAUGCGCCGAUUUUUCAUCAAACUGUAUUCAAUUAAAUUGUUCAUAAAAUCAAUAUAAAUUAA